AUGCAGUUUUUCCAGGCCCAGGCUCAGCUUCAGUUCCAGCAGCAACAACAGCAACAGGCCAUGAUGCAACAGCAACCAUGGUCUCAGCCAUGGGCUCCACAGCCACCUCAACCUUGGCCUCAACCUUGGGUUCCGCAGCCUCCAAUGUGGGAACAGCCACAUUGGGACCAGCCUAUGAUGCCUCAGCAGACCCCACCCGUCGUCUACUUCUUCAAUCCCAUGCCCCAGCCGCAACAGCAGUUCCAGCCGCAGGCGCCACCUCCACCACCAUUUCAGCCCCCUAUGAUGCACCAAAAUCAGUUCCCUCUCCCUGUUCAGAGCGAGGCACCUAUUAUGCCUCAGCCCUUUCCCGUGGACAACAACAAUAAUGUGAACGCUAUCAAUGAGAACGUAAUGAAACCAUGGUACAUGAGUGGUGACGAUCAGAGAUGGCAGCAGACUUGGGUAAAUAGCAAUAAGGUACCACUAGGGAUUCUACCUCUGCAUGAGAACGUCAAAAUUAGGGGUCCACACAGAUUUCUGAGAUUUCUAUCAUUUAAGGCCGAUACUCCUUUUAAUCCCAAUCCAGCAGCGGCGACAUCUCCUUUCGUGGACAACACGGCAGUGGUAGAGCAGCAACCGGUGGUUCCACAACCUGCUCCUGAGCAGCCUAUGGGACACGACAGCGAUGGAAUCGACGGCUUCCCUCGUGAGGAGAAGUUCAAUGUGCCGGUUGACGUUGCUUCCGAUGCAGCUCCUCAAACGGUUGAUGUGGCACCGGAGGCGCCUCCUCAGGUUGACGGUGUCCCAGCGGUGAACGCCUGGCAGCAUACCCAACCAGAAGCCGCUGAAGAGCCUAUG